CAUAUUAUGUGCAACUAGCUUUCGAAAACGCCGAACUCACUCUUUUGAGAUCAACGAGUUCAUCUAAAAGAAGCAUUAUAUACUACAGUACUAGGAGAAUAUGGCUGUCAAUACUACCGUCCCACAUGCCAGCGUACGCGGCAAAUUCAAGGCAAGAUAUGACCUGCAGAAAAUGAGGUUUGAAGUGGAAAGGAUAAAAACAUUUAAAACAUGGAGCAAAUCAUGUCCGAUUCGACCUGCACCUCUUGCGAAAGCUGGCUUUUUCUACCUUGGGAUAUUUGACUUCGUGGAAUGCUUCUCCUGCAGAGUCCGACUUGAUAAGUGGGAAAAGGGACAAACCGCUAAGGGUCGACAUGAAGAGAAGAAUUCACUAUGUAAGAUGGUGAAAAAUGAGGAGAAGUUUAAUAUUACGAUUGAAAUGUGGAAUGAAAUGAAGAAGUCCCUUCAGUCAAAGAGUGAAACUGAUGGAGAAGUGGUAGUGGAUCCAUCCGAUACCAGUAACUUGAUCACUCCAGAUGAUUAUGUAGACGCUUUCUGUGGAACAUCUUUCUCUGGAAGGCUGACAUUAGCCAUGUUAGCUAAAUACCCUGAACAUUCGGGGGAACUCGAUAGACUCGACACCUUCCGUGAUAAGUGGUCAGACGAAUUCAAACUGCCUUCCUCAUCCCUAAGGUGGCUGGCCAACGCUGGAUUUUUCAAAAAUGGUCCUGAUGACAGGACUAGAUGUUUCUAUUGCGGUGGUGGUAUUGAAUGCUGGGAGGAAGAUGAUGAACCUUGGUGCGAGCAUGCAAGAAACUUUCCUACAUGCAAGUGGCUUCUUGACGUGAAGGGCGAGGACUUCGUCAAUGACGUACAGGAUUACUUUAAGAACAAUAAAACACGCGAGGAAGAGGAAAUGAAUUCGAGAGACACUUCAACUGCUUCUGCGCUGAAUCCCCAGAACACUCCCGCGUCAGCCCCAAACAAAACAGAACAAGUGUCUGGGUACGACUUAGUAAUGAUGAUGGGCAGUCCAACAAUGAGAAUCAUUCUCAAGACUGGAUUCGACGCAGCCCUUGUAUGCCGCGUCCUCGAGGAGCAACUACGUCAAACAGGCAUCGACUUCUCAUCUUCAGACAACUUCAUCAAGGCUUUGGAGGCAGCAGAGAAGACCAACCCGAAAUCUCCAGUGCCAAAUAUUGAGAUGCAGGUGAACAACAGCAAAAUGUGUACUAUUGGUUAA